CCGCCGACGCGCACCGUUCUGACCUUCAACCUUCUCACAGUUGAUACGGCAAUACCUGAGCCCGGAGGUUUGAUCUUCAUCGUCGCUGUCUCGACAUAUAUGUUUCCUGCCGGGGCCAAGUUAAUAAAGUUGGAUAGCGAAAUUUAUGCUCCUAUUUCCUCUUAUCUUUUUCAGGUUACAGGGUCGGUCCGGAGGAGUGAGCGGAGCUGGUGGUCGUGGGUUUGUUUAUAUGGACUUUUGGACAUGUAUAUAUGUAUUUUGCCACGUUUUGAACUUCCGCUGACAAUUUCAGGUUUACAAACUCGCAUGUUAAUAUUCAGGUUUUGUCAAUCAGAUUUUAUACAGUUUUACAUGCUU